AUGUCUGCUUCCAAGUCUUUCGCCGACGCCGUAAAGGAACGCCGCACCAUCUACCAGCUCAACAAGAGCUCACCCAUUUCCGACAAAGCAAUCGCCGACAUUGCUGAAAAGGCUCUCCUCCAUACUCCCUCAUCAUUCAACUCCCAAUCCACCCGUCUGGUCGUGUUGUUAAAUAAGGACCACGACAAGUUCUGGGACUAUGUGCUCGAGGUCCUCAAGCCCUUGACCCCCGCGGAAACCUUUGGCGCGACCGAGCAGAGGAUCAGUGGAUUCAAGGCUGCUAAAGGAACCAUCCUCUUCUACGAAGACCCCGAACCUGUUGAGAACCUCCGCAAGACCUACCCCAUCUACGCAAACUCAUUCGGCGACUGGUCCGAGCACACCAACGCCAUGCACCAGUACAACCUCUGGGUCGCGCUCGAGGCCGAAGGCUUGGGCGCCAACCUUCAGCACUACAACCCCGUCAUCGACCAGCGCGCCGCUGAGGAGUGGAACAUUCCUCUUCAGUGGAAGCUCAGGGCUCAACUCGUCUUUGGUGGACGUGCUGGCGAGGCUGGGGAGAAGCAUUUUGAGCCGACUCAUGGCAAGAGGUUGUUUGUUCACGGCGCUCAAUAG